AUGCAUACCCUCACUCCACCUUACCCCAACCCUAUCAAUUAUCUCAACCGGGCAUCUCACUCUGUUAUUCGGGUCUCGCCGACCCGAUUUAGAGUCAAAUGCAGUUACGGCUUCGAAACCGCGGGUUUCUCGCAAGGAUUCGGUGUCAACCGAGUCGAUUGGCAAAGCUCGAAUGCCAUCUUAGCCAGUAAAGUCAUGUCGCAGCAGGAAGAUUUUCCCGCCGGCGGCAGCGGCGACAACAACGUGGCCGCGGUAAACGGCAAUAACGCUGCCGUAACGAAUCUAAAUCUCGUACCUGUCAAACAAGAAGGCAACAACAGCAAGCCGCUUCCGCCGAAGCCGCUCUCGAUCUCCGACCUCUCCCCGGCGCCGAUGCACGGCUCGCAGCUGCGCGUGGCGUACCAAGGAGUUCCCGGCGCGUACUCCGAGGCCGCAGCGGGGAAAGCGUAUCCAAACGGGGAAGCCAUACCGUGCGACCAGUUCGAGGUGGCGUUUCAGGCGGUGGAGCUCUGGAUCGCGGAUCGCGCGGUUCUUCCGGUGGAAAACUCCCUCGGCGGCUCGAUCCACCGGAACUACGACCUCCUCCUCCGCCACCGCCUCCAUAUCGUCGGGGAGGUCCAGCUCCCGGUGCACCACUGCCUCCUCGCGCUCCCUGGCGUCCGCAAGGAGUUCCUCACGCGCGUGAUCUCGCAUCCACAGGCCUUAGCACAGUGCGAGCACUCGCUCACGAAACUCGGCCUCAACGUGGCGCGUGAGGCCGUCGACGACACCGCCGGCGCCGCUGAGUUCGUCGCCGCGAACGGCCUCCGCGAUACGGCGGCAAUCGCGAGCGCGCGCGCCGCUCAGCUCUACGGUUUGCAGGUCCUCGCGGACGGAAUCCAGGACGAUCCGAACAACGUGACGCGGUUCGUGAUGCUGGCGCGCGAACCGAUCAUUCCGCGCACGGAUCGGCCGUUCAAGACGAGCAUCGUCUUCGCUCACGAUAAGGGAACUUCGGUGCUUUUUAAAGUGCUUUCCGCGUUCGCGUUUAGAAACAUUAGCUUGACGAAGAUCGAGUCCAGGCCUCACCGUAGCCGUCCGAUUCGCGUGGUUGAUGAUGAGAGCGAAGGAACCGCCAAACACUUCGAGUAUUUGUUUUACAUCGAUUUUCAGGCUUCUAUGGCGGAGGUUAGGGCACAGAACGCCCUCGCUGAGGUUCAAGAAUUCACCACUUUCUUGCGAGUGUUGGGGAGCUACCCUAUCGAUAUGACACCGUGGAGCCCCUCUUGUCCCCGCGAAGAUUAA